GCAAAACGGGCAAGAGUGCUCGUGCUCAUGCCGGGAAAGUCGUCCAUGUUCAUGCACGCGAAAGGGUCAACUCGGUGCUUUCGCUGAAGUCAUCGUUGCCAUUCCGUUGUCGCACAGUGCCACUUCAGCCUCUACGCUGCACCUCACGCUUCACCGACUGUCGUGCCGGCAGACAAAUACAUGUACCUCCCAUGCUCCCACGAUAACAGCCCAACACGUCCCUUGCUAUGCUCUGCCGCAGAGCCAUAGCAAGGCAGCAUGGCUUCAACAACCCCCGCCGAAUCCGAGGCACGCGACACCUGCAGACCAAGACGGUGACGGAUGAUGAUAUCGCCCGUCUGGCUGCUACACCCCUCCACCCUCUCACCCUCGCCGAUCUGUGCAAGAAUGGCCGUCCUCCGCUGUCGAAAGAGGCUCUGCUCAAUAAUGCCAACUUCACCCUCUCCAUCCUGCCUUCGCGCCUGGCACAUCGCAUCCAGAGCUUGCGAUCUCUGCCCUACAUUGUCGUAGCCAAUCCCAAUGUCAGCAAAAUUCACAACAACUAUGUCCACUCACUGUCGACGCUGCUGCCAUACGCGGAGAGGAGGAUUGAGUGCUUGGAAGAGGAGGUCACCUUUACAGAAGUCAUGGCCAAUUUGGUCCAGACGCACAGCAACACCAUAGCUAUCCUCGCUCGUGGCUUCCUCGAGGCGAGGAAAUACAUCAACAAAGACGACAUCACCCGCUUCCUCGACGAACACCUCCGAGCUCGAAUCGGCACCCGUCUCAUAGCAGAGCAGCAUAUCGCCCUCCACUUCAGCUCCCAACCCCACGCCGAGCUCUCCGACAACCCACACCCGCAGGACCAGCAAGAGUCGACAUAUAUUGGCGUGAUAGAUACAGCAUUGAAACCAGCAGACAUCAUCGUGGGCUGCGAACACAUGGUGGGCGAGAUCUGCGAGCUCAAAUACGGCGUUCGUCCCACGAUCAACAUUAUCGGCGACCCAGAAACCACAAUCGCACACAUCCCUAUGCAUUUGGAGUACAUCCUCACCGAACUCCUGAAAAACAGCUUCCGUGCAACAAUCGAAGCAGGCAUGGAAAAGGAGCCCAUAGAGGUCACGAUUGCUCCCGCUCCUGCUGCCGAGACACAGACGGAGCAGAUGAAGUCGAAGACAAAGCACGACGCGGAUGCUCACACAGGAGAAAAGCCAGGGAUCAGCAACUACGACCAAGGAAAUGUCGAUUACGCUUCCGAAUCCAAUAAACCAGAUCUCGCAAUGUCAGAGAACAUCAGACCUCUGGAUCAAGCUACUCCCGGCGUGACAAUCCGAAUCCGAGAUCGAGGUGGUGGUAUUUCUCCAGAGAACCUGGACAAAUUAUGGGAAUAUGGUUUUACGACGUUCAACGAGGAUGAGAUGAUGGAUAAGAUUAGUGUUGGUGGAGGCAGUUCGGGACUGGAUACGAUUAGUGGAGGGCCUGCUGGAGGGUCAAGCUUGGCGGGGUUGGGGUAUGGCUUACCACUGGGCAGGGCUUAUGCUGAGUAUUUUGGUGGUGGAAUUGCGGUGCAGAGUUUGUGGGGUUGGGGAACGGAUGUUUAUUUGAGUCUGAGAGGGGUGGGGAGGUUGGAUGGGAAGGGGAGAAAGCUGGGAAAUGGGGCAUGGGAUGGAAGGUGGUGACGAGGAAGAGUCGGGCGAGUAGAGCGAAAUCAUAGGAGAAAAUAGGUC